CUCUCACACACAGAGGGCUGACCAGCCCAGCCUCCUUGACUGGCUCAGCUAGUUAGAAUCAGUCCACACCCGUACCUGUUCCCUAGAGAGAGAAUCACCUGCCUGCCACAGAAACCACUUUCUAUUUCCACACACACACACAAACCCACCCUCACCCACAGAUACCUACCAUAGUCUACUGUACAACAGCAAUCAGUUCAUUAGUGCUCUUAGCUCAUCUGGUGGAUUUUUGUAGAUUAGCUGGACAUCAACCCAAGCUAACCGUUGGAGUCAACAGAAAAAAGAAAGAAGGGAGACAGAAGAGAGAAACAGACAAAGAAGAGAUAUUCUGACCAAGCAUGUCAAAAGAGGGGGACAGAGCAUCCGUGUUCAGGACCACCAAGGUGCGUACCAAGCUAAAGGGGGACAGCAGCUGGCUGCAAAGAUGCAGUGAGGCGGCUCAGAUACAAGAGGCAGAAGAGGAAAAACCAUGGAUGGCAGAAGUAAGGGCCAGUCGUCUCAAUGGAGCUCCCCUGGAGACCAGUCCAGUUUCCUCCCCUACCACUGAAGCCCAGCCUCCCCCCACACAAAACAAUGACGGAGCCCCUCACACAGUGCGAACCAUAGUAGACACCCCAGCAAUCCAGAGUGAGGACAAACUGUCGGCUGAGGAACAGGAGAGAAGCCUUAUCUAUUUCACCAGGAGGGAGGCAGCUAGCAGUGUCCUGAUGACCUCUUCAGUCAGACAACGCUCCUAUGUACUCUCAGCUGCCAAGAAAUACGAGUCUGCAGAACAGCCACCAGACAUCAUAUCCUUUGUGGCUAAAAGGGUGGAGAUUACAGAUGAUGAGGACACAGGGAGUCCUCAAAAGUCAGCUUCCCUUCUUGCCCCCUCUGGCCCUGCCCCUGUUUCUACCCAAACGACCCCUAACCUUACUCCCACCCCUGUGUCUACCCCUGCUCCCUCCCCUUUAUCUACUCCUACCCCUUUGACUACCCAACCUCCUGCCCCUGCUUCUACUCCUACCCAUGUCUCUGCCCAACCUCCUGCCCCUGCUUCUACUCCUACCCAUGUCUUUGCCCCAACUCCUGCCCCUUCCUCUAAUCUUACCCCUGUCUUUGGCCCAGCUCCUGUCUCAAAACCUACACCUGUCUCUGCCCCCACCUCUACUCUUCUCUCUGCCCCAGCUGCUGACCCUGCCUCUAAACCUACCCCUUUUUCUGCCCCAGCUCCUGUCUCUGCCCCAGUUCCUACCCCUACUCCUAUCUCUGCCCCAGCUCCUGCCCUUUCCUGUAAACCUUCCUCUGUUUCUGCCUCUACCCCAACUCUUGCCCCCACCUCUGCCCCAGCCCUUGUCCCUACUCAUACCCCUGUUUCUGCCCCAGUCCUUUUUGUCUCUGUCUCUGUCCCAGCUCCGGCACCUGACUCUACUCCUACCCCCAUCCCUGCCCCAGUUCCUGACCCUACCUCUAAACCUACCUCUGUCUCUACUUCUACCCCAACUCUUGCCCCUGUCUCUGCCACAGCCCCUCCCUCUACUCCUACCUCUCUGUCUGUCCCAGCUCCGGCACCUGCCUCUACUCAUACCCCCAUCCCUGCCCCAGUUCCUGACCCUACCUCUAAACCUACCUCUGUCUCUACCUCUACCCCAACUCUUGCCCCUGUCUCUGCCACAGCCCCUCCCUCUACUCCUACCUCUGUGUCUGUCCCAGCUCCGGCACCUGCCUCUACUCAUACCCCCAUCCCCGCCCCAGUUCCUGACCCUACCUCUAAACCUACCUCUGUCUCUACCUCUACCCCAACUCUUGCCCCUGUUUCUACCACAGCCCCUGCCCCAGCUCCUGCCCCUACCCCUACUCCUUUUUCUGCCCCAGCUCCUGCCCCUGCUUCUACUUCUACCCCUCUUUCUGCCCCAGCUCCUGCUUCUACUCUUACCCCUGUCUCUGCCCUAGCUCUGGCACCUGCCUCUAAUCCUACCCCCAUCCCUUCCCCAGUUCCUGCCCCUACCUCUAAUCCUACCUCUGUUUCUGCCUCUACCCCUACUUCUCUCUCUACCCCUACCUGUGAUUCUGCCCUAGCACCUGUCCAUACCCUUACUUCUACCCCUGUUUGUGCCCUAGCUCGUGUCCCUACUCAUACCCCUGUGUCUGCCCUAACUCCAGCUGCUGCCCCUGCCCCUCCCCCCACUCUUACCCCUGUCCCAGCUCCUGCCCCUAACCCUACCCCUGUCUCUGCCCUAGCUCCUGCCUCUAACCCCACUCCUACUCCUACCCCUGUCUCUGUCCCAGGCCCUGCCCCUACUCCAGUUUCUGCAACUAUUUCUGCUCUUACCCCUACCCCAGUCUCAGCUCCCACCCCUUUUCUUACCCCUGUUCCUGCUCAUGUCUCUACCCCAAGCCCUGCUCUUACUCCUGUUCUUGCACCUAGUCCUGCCCCUAGACGCGUGUCUGCCGUAUCCCCUCCCCCUUCCUCCACCCUUACCUCUGCCCCUAUCCUUAACCCCGUCUCUGCCCCAGCCCCUACCUCUGCCCCUUCCCCUGCCUCCGCCACCACUCCUUCUCCUGUGCCAACUCCACAAACAGCGAAGUCCACUGUCCAGUCGAGUGUCAGUCAGCCAGCUGAAGUGAGCGUGAGGGGUGAGACCUCAGUCUUGCAUCCAGAGAACAAGAAAGAUAAUCUGUUUUUGCAGUCUUCCAACAGCCUGCCGUGUAAAGAGGAGGAGGGCUUCUGGCAGGAAGCAGAAAAAAACAUUCCCGACGACAGCGGCAUUGACAAGGACCCAGUUCCAAAGCACAGUGACUGCAUCAUAAUGACGGACGAUCUCCUUGCUCUCACUAACAGCUCAGAGGACUUGAUGGAGCCCAUACCAUCCAGUCAAGGCACUUGGAAUCAUGACUUCCUGAGUGGACCAGACAGUCAAAGCACAGACAACAAAACAUGGGAGACCAACUGGAAAGUCAACCCAUCUCCUCCUCUGUCCUACAUGCCUGAAAGUGUGGAUCCUGCUACUGUGGAGGGGAACACUGAGGAGGAAACUCUGGUGACUUUUCAGAGGAAGUCGUCUGAGAAUGAUUCCCCAUGGGACAGAUGGACCUCACCCACUGUCUAUACCACCAUCACAGAGGUGGAAAGAUCUACUGACCAGACACCUGACACCAAGAAGGGUUUUGUGUUUGUGAAGGAGUAUGUCAACGCCAGUCACGGAAAUGGCUCUGAUUACGUAACAUUGGAAUCCUUUAGCUACUCCCACAGCCCCUCCACUUACUCAAGGGGUUCCACCUCGUCCCCCUGUACCUACUGUGGUGAACUGGUGGGUGACGAUGCCAAAAUCACGAUCGAUCACCUCAACAUCUCCUGCCAUCCUAGCUGCUUCAAGUGUGGCGUGUGUGGUUGUGCAAUGGGAGACCUGCUUUACAAUAUGUUUCUGCAUGGUAAAAAGGUCCAUUGUGAGACCUGCUACUCCAAAGUCACUGGCUGAGUCUGAACACUCGUAUCCUGCUUCCUUCCCUCGAUUCCUUCCAUCACCUCUUUUCUCAAUCGGCACUAACAGCUGGAAAGGAUUCAAUUGGGUUACAAUGUUGAAUAUAUGCAUCAUUGUUUGGCUUAAAGGGGUUUUCAAAGUCAG